CAGUGACAGCUGCGGACAUCCAACACCAGUGUCAGGGCCUCGGUUCUCUUCAUUUUAGCGUGGUCACAGAACGGUGUCUGGGGGUGGCGGGGGGUCCCUGAGGGGGUGAGUGCUCCAGCACGCACAGGGUCUGUGCACCUCCUCGGGGCGUUCCAGCCCAUGUGUGGACAGUGAGUUUGAGAUGUGACAGCGGGACCCGUCACACACCACCCAAUGCCCAGAGCCAGGGGACCUGCAGCCAGGCUCAAAGGGGAGUGAGCUUUCCCUGGGGCCAGUCGGCCUGGUGGCACAGGACAGCGGGGGAGUCAGAGUCCCUGCGGGGCUUGUGGACCCCCACCCAGGUGGCUGUCCCCACCUGGCGCCUCUGACUCAGCAGGGCCGGCGGGUGGGGCAGAGAGGGUAUACGGUCGCCCAGUCCUGGGAGGCUGCGCUUGGGGUGGCCUUUGGGGUCUGAAUCCUGGGCACUGUCCCUGCUCGGGCGUGCCCCCUGCCGGCGGAGGGUGACAGAUGCUGCUGGCUCGGCGGUGAGAACCCUUCCCUGCCCCCCCCCACCACCACCACCGCUCAGAAAGCACACAUCAGAUUCCUUUCUAGAAAGCGGGCUUCCGGUAGAGUGACAGCCGUCCUCUGCUAGUACCGUGGAACAGAACUUUAUCCAGGUGCUCUGGAGUUGCUGGAUGACAUUUCCACCUAGCUGGGACUUGGGCGCCGUGGUAGUAUUUUGAAAAGACCGUUGCUAAGUGCGGAUGGCCAUCACACCUGUAUGCUCCUUGCGCUUUUCAAGGAAACAGCAGUGAGUCGGAGGAAGACCACAGUGCUGGGAGUGUGCAGGGCCAGGCCCUCCCCAGCACACACCGGGUGCCCGAUGCCAAGCUCCAGCCCCUGCACACCAAGAUGGACGUCAUCAAGAAAGGGCACGCCAAGGACAGCCAGCGCUACAAGGUGGACUACGAGUCCCAGAGCACGGACACCCAGAACUUCUCCUCCGAGUCCAAGCGGGAGACGGAAUACGGGCCCUGCCGCCGGGAGGUGGAGGACACGCUGAACCGACUCAAGUUCUUGGACAUGCUUAGCCCUAGGGGCAUCCACAUCCCCAACUGUGACAGGAAGGGCUUCUACAAGAAGAAGCAGUGCCGCCCCUCCAAGGGCAGGAAGCGGGGCUUCUGCUGGUGCGUGGACAAGUAUGGGCAGCCCCUUCCCGGCUUCGACGCCCGGGGGAAAGGCGACAUUCACUGCUACAGCAUGGACAGCAAGUAGACGCUGCUCGCCACUUAAUGUGGAGCUCAGAAACGCCUAAUUUUGCACAAAAGACUGCCAAGGACACGAUCAGCAUCUGGCUACAGCCUCAGUUUAUCUUUCUUUUUGUGGUGAAUUGAUUUUUCUUUUAGCCAAAGUUUAGAAGGAGCUGUUCGCAGCGCCUAGGGUUCUUGUAGAUGGUGAACCGGAGCGUCUUCCACUUCGCGGGAGUCGAUGAGACGCGGCCGGGUUUUUCUUCUUGCUUCCUCCAAACAUACGCGUACCCUGCAGCCCCGCGCGGCCGGCCCUCCCGCGUCCCGAAGCGCGCCCGCGUGUGCGCCCACGCAGCCCACCCUCCACUUCCAGACCCAGCGAGUGUCGCUUCUGUAGAGUGCACGCCUUGUCCCCACUCGGUAAAUGAGCACAGGCCUCGGCGAGGACAGGGAGCCCCGCAGCCUGGUGUCUGGACAUCCCGGUGCACCUGCCGGGGGCGGGGCUUACAGCCAGGAGGCCCGGCCCCGCUGAUCCUGGGGAUCUUCAAGUAGGCGCCCUGGGGGACAGCAGAGAGAAUAAGUGGAGUCUUACAUGUAAAAAAUAAAAAAAGACCAAGAAUGUU